CUGGACUAGGACCGGGGAGACCCGAGUUCAAAUCCCCAUUCAGCCAUGAUACUAGCUGGGUGACUCUGGGCCAGUCACUUCUCUCUCAGCCUAACCUACUUCACAGGGUUGUUGUGAAAGAGAAACUCAAGUAUGUAGUACACCGCUCUGGGCUCCUUGGAGGAAGAGUGGGCUAUAAAUCUAAUAAUAACAAUAAUAAUAAUGUACAUCUUAAGGUGGUAUGUACAUCUCUAAUAUGUACAUAUAUUCCUGAUAGGUACACAUUAUCUGUAUGCAUUCCUGAUAUGUAAAUCUCUUACUUAAAAAAAAAAACCCGAAAAUUUUAUUUGAACUUGAAACUGAGAUUGAAAAGGUCAGGACCAAUAACGACGUUUCCUUAGUCCUGAAAGCGUUUCUCUAGCUGUUAAAGCUCUGAGGCCAAAACUGGGCGUGGCCGAUGACGUCGCAAGGCCAAAGGGCGGGCCCCGUUUCCCCCAUCCCCAUGGGGAUGCAGCCCCGCCCCUUAGGGCAACGUCACGGAGGGAGCGGGGCCCGGGACUGUAGCUGUCAUGGCGGCGCCGGCAGCUCUUUCGCUGCGCGUGGUGGCCGAAUGCGGGCGGAGCAAGGCCCGUGCUUGCGAGCUGCGGCUGCCUCAUGGCGCCGUGGAUUGCCCGGUCUUCAUGCCGGUCGGCACGCAGGGAACCAUGAAAGGCCUCACGGCUGGGCAGCUGGACGCGCUCGGAUGCCGCUUGUGCCUGGGCAACACGUACCAUCUGGGCAUGCGCCCCGGACCAGAGCUGAUUAAAAAAGCCAAUGGGCUCCAUGGCUUUAUGAACUGGUCACGGAACCUGCUCACGGACAGUGGUGGGUUCCAGAUGGUCUCUCUGGUGGAACUCUCCAAGGUGACGGAGGAGGGUGUGUGCUUCUCAUCCCCUUAUGAUGGCAAGGAGAUCCUAUUGACCCCAGAGAAAUCCAUUGAAAUACAACAUGCGCUUGGCUCUGACAUCAUGAUGCAAUUAGAUGAUGUGGUCAGCAGCACAACCAGUGGCCCACGUGUGGAAGAAGCCAUGUUCAGAUCUGUUCGCUGGCUGGACAGAUGUAUUGCAGCCCACACCAAGCCUGGUGAGCAGAAUCUAUUUGCCAUUAUCCAGGGUGGCCUGGAUCCUGCCCUCCGAAUCAAGUGUCUGGAAGAAAUGACUAAACGGGACGUGCCAGGCUUUGCCAUUGGGGGCCUGAGUGGUGGCGAAGCCAAAGAUCACUUCUGGAGAAUGGUGGCCCUCAGCACAAAUCAUCUCCCCAGGGACAAGCCUCGCUAUCUGAUGGGAGUAGGUUAUGCUACGGACUUGGUCGUGUGUGUGGCCCUAGGCUGUGACAUGUUUGACUGCGUCUUCCCCACAAGGACCGCACGCUUUGGUUCAGCUUUAGUCCCCUGGGGCUCUGUGCAGCUGAAGAACAAGCAGUAUGCCAAGGACUUCCGCCCCAUUGAUGAGGAUUGUGACUGCCCCACGUGCCAGAGGUAUUCCCGAGCAUUCUUGAAUGCUCUUUUCCGCAAUGACACGGCCGCCAUGCACCACAUUACUGUCCAUAAUAUUGCUUACCAGCUGAAACUGAUGCGUUUGAUCCGGGAAAGCAUCAUUGAGCAGAGAUUCCCACAGUUUGUCCAAGAUUUCAUGAAGAUGAUGUAUGGCAACACAGGCAGCUACCCUCAGUGGGCAACAGAAGCCCUGGCCUCUGUUGGCAUCACCUUGGAGUGAGGGAUGGGGUGGGAGGAUAAGCUUGCUGGCAGCAGCCAUUGGCAGGGAUCGGUUUGGAGCCCAGUAUCUCUGAGUGGUGUCCUGCUCCCCAAGUCCAGGUAUUGCUCACUGUGAUGGGUCUGUCCACUCACUCCCACUCACUGUGGUUGCCUCUGCUUACCAGCCUUGCUUUCUGAAAGGACCUGGGUAGCCCCAGCACUGAAUCCCGCUUUCUCGAAGGAAAUCUGAAUAGUUGACCCCUCUGAGAGUUUAUCACCAUUGUUAAAUCUGAUUGCAGAUUUUUAGUGGUUAAAUUGGAGCUACCGUUGAAAACUCUGUUUACCUCUUAUUUUUUAAGAUGUGAAAAAUCCUGUUUUAAAUUCUCUCAAGCUCCAUGUUGCCUCUUCUAAGCAAUUUCUCUGAAUCUAUAAAUAAUGUAGGCUGAACAGAACUGUCCACAUUCUGCAAAUCCUCUGAAAAGCCAUUCUGUUCCGGUGCUCAAAGUAAAUACAAUUAUUCAAUUGAAAAAUG